CGCCAAAUACAUCUUUCCCCAACCUAUUUCCAUCUCCUCGCCAAUAUAGUAUAGUAUGGGUUAAAAAUGGACAAUGUACCAAUUUUUAGUUGAGUCCCUAUAAAUGGUCGGUUGGGCUAGCUGGUGGGUUGGUCGGUUGGCUUUGACAGGAGUAACCAGUAACCAGCCAGUGCCCAGUAGCCCCAUCCCAGCUUAACUGGCUUCCACUUAGUUUUGCAUCUUUUCUCCUUCCUUCUGCCCUUCUCCUCCAUUGUUGUCUAUAUAAGUACACUAAAGGCUUCACCAGUCACCUGUGCCUGCCUUCACAAAACGCCUCACCAUUAACAGAGGAGGGGAUGGGAGGAGGGAAUGGGCAGAAAUCCAAGACAGCUCGGGAGAGAAACCUGGAGAAGCUUCAGAAGGCCGCUAAUAAGGGAAGCCAGCUUCAGUCCAACAAGAAGGCCAUGACCAUCCAGUGUAAAGUGUGCAUGCAGACGUUUAUAUGCACGACGUCGGAGGCCAAGUGUCGGGAGCAUGCUGAAGCCAAGCAUCCUAAGUCUGAUGUCUCCACUUGUUUCCCCCAUCUCUCUUCCAAGUAAUGGAGAUAGAACAACAACAACAAACCUGCAAGUUGAAAAUACUUGC